GGGGCGGGACUCUAUGGGCUCAAGUCACGGCCGCGGCUACAGCCAAGUUGUAUGCUAACUAUAGAAAGCAGGGCGCAGGGGGACCCGCUGGCUUGAGUGUAGCACAGGGAGACGGAGCCCGACUUCAGAAAAUGAGGGGGCGGCAUGGACAAGUGACAUCACCACGGAGAUCCGACACUCGCGCCGGCAGGAAUGAGGAAAUGGCUGAAAGAGAAGUCAGGAAACAGGUCUCAAAAUAGAAAGACGGUGUAGGGGUUCAGACGUCCCUAGGACCACGAGAGAAAAAGGAAGUAAACGCUGUUUUGCGCGGCGAGACAGCCGUUUAACUGUAGUAUGUAUAGGGACUCUUUCAACUGAAAUCGAGGUGUUCUGCUGUCGCUUCUUGUAGCGAAUUGGGAUCAACGUGAAGAAACCUGUGCGGGGAAUGCUGUAAGGACCCUGGUGGCUUUAUAAAAAAGUUUUAACUCCCUGCUGCGCCGCGCUGCGGUGCGCCCCACGUGCGUAAUUUUAGUCUAAAGAGCAGGGGCCAAUUUAAAGACUUGCGAAAAGUUUUAAUUCAGUUUUUUUCCACGUUGGUAAUGAUUUUGGAAAGUCACCGGAAACGUAAUAAUAUAAUUUAACGUUGACGUUAAAGCUCCAGUAAUAAAGCGGUGGGCUUACAGAACAGGCAUCUCUCAGUGCCGGUUUGGUGACCAAUUAACAGCCUUUCGAUUAAAAUAUUAAAACAGAGUGGAAAAUAACGUUGUCACAAGGGCUGCCCUUGUUACACAAUAGUCGGACGUACUUCCAUUGUCUGGGAUUGAAAAAUUGACUGUACUUUCCAUUCUGACCCGACGGAAUCAGACGCACUUUAGGACCAAGCCUCUCUUAGCGAGCGUUAAACUGGAACCAGUUCUGGCGAGAUGGUGAGUUAAUUCUGAACUGCGGUCUCGCCGCAUGGCCACGCAUUCCGACACAGUGGGUACAGUACACGCGCGAACCAAUCCGAGCUCUGCAAGCAGUUGAAAAGCCGCCGGAGCUCUUUUUGUGUGGAGGAGUAUAAUCCUAGUUUGUGACUCGUCAUCUCUCCCCGCCUCUUGACUUCCUGCUUUGCAGUAUUCAUAUUCCGCAGCUGGAGUUUUGCUAUGCUAAUUGUAACAAUGUAACGGGACCGGAGCGACGGUUUUAGUUCAGGGGGGGGUUAUUCAUUAAUCCAGGGCAGGAAGAAUACACUACAUAAGGAAUGACGAUCGCCACAGCUGCUUCGGCCUCCGGGAGAAGAGCGCGCGAUCUGGGAAUUGGGAUGGUAACAUCGGGAGCUGAUACAUUUGAAGAAAAAAAUCUUGGACUACUGAAAGGUAACCGGGAGGAUAAAAUCUGAAUUUAUCCAGGCAAAGACCUGCUAUCCACGUUUCAUAGACCUUUAAAUAUAAAAAAAAAAAUCCUGCCACGUGUUGAAAGGUGAGACGAUUCUAUGCCCUGAGACGGCCUUGCAAGCUGGUUUUGAAAGUGGAAACACAGCUCUGAGCGCUGAGGAACUGGCGCUGACGUUGGUGUGACAUCUGAACGAAAACCGAAGAAAAAGGCCAUUCAACCAGGAAUUCAGCGAUUACAGCCAUCGUAAAGUUCCUAUUUGUGGGAGGAUCAGCCAGUGUACAAAUUUACAUUUCUUCCAAGAAAUGUAACCCCUACGAGCUCGUUUCAAAAUUAGGUUUCGUCAUUAUAAUGGAAAGUCUGUGAAAAUUGUAAACUUCUGCACUGAAGGUUAAAAAGUUCAACAGGCUUUAGUUUUUCAUUUGAGUGAAAUAAAACUAAAUUUGCAGAAUAGUCAUUUUUAACUUCCCCGUUUCUGGAAGAAAAAAAGAGGUGCUUUGUUUGAUGGAGAUUGUUACCUGUGUGGUCCGCAAGCCAAAGUUACACUUGAAAGAGAAGAGAAGAGAAGAACACCUGUCUUCGUUUUAAGCGCCUAAAAAUACAUAUUUUAGUACUUUUCGAAAUAUUUAAGGAUAAAUCAUUUUGUAAUAUAUAGUAUGAACAUAUUUAAGUUCUUUAAUGGGAUAAAUUAAUUUAAAGCGUCACAAAUUUGGAGGAAAAGCAAGCUGGGAAGAGACUCGUUGCUUCGCCUGUUCAUCUAAAUAAUUAAUAUAUUUCCUGGAGUAACCGUAUGGAACUUUGGUCGGAGGCUCAAGAAAAACAAUCAAAAAUGUCCACCGUCGCUGGAGAAUCCAAAAAAGAAGCGUCUCUUCCCGUUUUCCACCACGCGAAUGGGACAGUGCAUCCGGUCAUACGGCCCGACAGCCAAGAGGAGCUUCGGCUAGAAGCUGGGGUCUGCGAGCUGACGGAGGUCCCGGCCUUUUCGGACCGAGCCGAGCCUGACCGCGACAGGGCCGAAGUAGUGGUGAUCGACUGCCGGGCCAACGCCAAGGGGCAGAGGGAGGAGGACGCGCUCUUGGAGAACGCCAGCCAGAGCAACGAGAGCGACAUCAGCGCCGACCAAAGCCCCAUGCCCGCGGCGCCGCUGAAGGAGACGUCCUUCUCCAUCGGGCUGCAGGUCCUGUUCCCCUUCCUGCUGGCGGGGUUCGGAACAGUAGCCGCCGGCAUGGUCCUGGACAUCGUGCAGCACUGGACGGUGUUCAAGGAGGUGACGGAGGUGUUUAUUCUAGUUCCUGCCCUCCUGGGGCUCAAGGGGAAUCUGGAAAUGACUCUGGCUUCCCGGCUCUCCACCGCAGCCAACAUUGGGCAGAUGGACACUGCCAAGGAAAUGUGGAAAAUGAUCAUAGGAAACUUGGCUCUUAUUCAGGUUCAGGCCACGGUAGUGGGAUUCCUGGCCUCCAUUGCUGCCGUCAUCUUUGGCUGGAUCCCAGAGGGGCAUUUCAAGAUUGGCCAUGCAAUACUGCUGUGUGCCAGCAGUGUGGCCACAGCCUUCAUCGCCUCCCUCCUGCUGGGUCUGAUCAUGAUUGGAGUGAUCAUUGGCUCUAGGAAGAUAGGCAUAAACCCGGACAAUGUUGCAACACCCAUCGCGGCUAGCCUGGGCGACCUUAUUACGCUGGCGCUCCUGGCUAGCAUCAGCACGGGCCUGUACCAACAGCUAGAGCUGAAUGACUACACCAAUCCCCUGGUGUGUGCCUUCUUUGUGGCGCUGACCCCCCUGUGGAUCGUCAUCGCACGCCGCAUCCCCUCCACCCGCGAGGUGCUGUACUCGGGCUGGGAGCCCGUCAUUAUCGCCAUGGCGAUAAGCAGUGUCGGGGGGCUGAUCCUGGAUAAGACCGUGUCCGAUCCCAACUUCGCCGGGAUGGCGGUGUUCACUCCGGUCAUCAACGGUGUUGGCGGGAACCUGGUGGCGGUGCAGGCCAGCCGGAUCUCCACCUACCUGCACAUGAGUGGCAUGCCAGGCCUGGAGCCCAGCGUCCCGCAGCGCAGGUGCCCCACGCCCUGCAGCACCUUCUUCGGAUCCAGCGUGAACUCGCGAUCUGCGCGGGUGCUCUUCCUCCUGGUGGUGCCCGGGCAUCUGGUCUUCCUCUACACCAUCAACUCCAUGCAGGCGGGACACACCACCCUCACCUCCAUUUUUGUUGCCUUUUACAUGACUGCUGCACUGCUACAGGUGCUGAUCCUGCUGUACUUUUCUGACUGGAUGGUGCACUGGAUGUGGGGGAGGGGCAUGGACCCUGAUAACUUCUCCAUCCCUUACCUGACGGCCCUGGGGGACCUGCUGGGAACUGGCUUCCUGGCUUUGAGCUUUCACAUCCUGUGGCUCAUCGGGGACCGCGACACCGACGUCGGCGAUUGAACGGCCCCCUUGUGCCUGCCUGCCCCCAUCCUCCCUCUCUCCUUCCGCUUCCAGGACUUAUUUAUUAGAAUAAUUUGUUAUUCGUUUUAGCGGGAGAAAUCACUUUCUCAUUAUUUUUCAAUGGGGAUUUUUUUUUUUCCAAUGGCCCUGUCGGCCACGUUUGUAAAUGAGGAGAUCAUUUUAGCGUGCAGUGCCGAAUUCAAAAGCGAGCGUCUAAAAACGAGGAUGUGUUGAUUUAUGAAGUGCCGUAUGUCAUUGUUCUUGCUUUGUUCUUGAAAGGAGGUGCUGUUACAAUAUCCUUUUCGCCUUCUAGCUGAGCCCAUCAACAGCCACAACAGAAGGCAAAGAAGCAAGCUGAGAACUUCGGACCAGAACGUACUGACCUGACUUCCCUGCUUGUCUGAAAGCUAGUGAAAAAGAGCUGUGGUGCCGCUGGAAUCUCUGUCUUGAUUGUUUGAGAAUACUGCCCUGGAUCUUGUACAGUACUGUAGUCUUCAAAACUGGGAAAAUAUGUAGAUCCUAGUGGCACUUCAGAUGUAGUAUGGCUCUGGAUGACAUUGCUCAGGUGACUUUAAGUGGAUCAACUUUUUUUUUUUUUUAGUGUUUGACUUUCCACAAAUUUCACUUUCCAUCGCCUUGUUACUCUCCAACAGGUUGUAUGGUACAAUUUACUCUUGGGAGCAAACUAUACCAUAUAACCUGCUGGGCAAGUUGAGGUAUCUUUGUGUUUAGAUGCACACCCAACUAAAAACUAAUUUACAACGUGACAUGCAUUUGCUUUGCGACCCGAAGCAUAAAAAAGGCGUAAGGGCACGGAGAGAUUUAACAAAGUGCACAGUAGAGGAGGGUGGACAGUAGCUGUGGCUUACAACUGGUGGAGCUGGUACAGAUGUCUGCACCCUGGUCAGGGAGAGCCGUGGACUACAAGUCGGACAAUGCAGGGAGAUGACCGUAGAGGGUACUCGUAGCAUCCACCACAUACUGCAUGACACUCCCAACACUGGGCCGUGCGCUCUCUUACAGACUCCUGUGACAUGAGCGCCCCCUUGUGUGAACUGGCACCGUCACAUUCUCGCCGAACAUUUCUCGGUACAUUUUCGUUUCUCGUUUCCAUGUUUUCAUAAUGCAGGUGCCAGAAUGCGCACUACAGUCUGCAUCUACCUUCUGGGUAUUUUGGCUGAUGAACCCGUAGGCUCGUGGAAUUGACCGGCGUCCGUGCGGCUCCCCCUGCCCAGGGUUGGAGAUCCUUGUUCAUUCUGUGCAGAACAAGAGGAAAGGAAACAGUCUUUGCUCGUGGCAUUGCAGUUUGUUUUAGACGUCGCCUUGAGGUCUUUCACUGAUGUUCAGGUUUCAUCUGCCUGGUCUCGGUGAAUUGGGAAUAUUCGUCAUUCUUUACCUUUGAGCGAACUAGACAAUAGUGUGGGAUCUAAAUUAUGAUUCUCGAUGGGUGUCCAUUAUCUCUAAAGCUUAAAUGCUCUUGCCCUAAGUGAUCCGGAAAGCAGGUCUCAUGCCAGCGCAGUUAAAUUACUGGCUCUGUAAGGGCAUUGGCAUUGAUAAUGGGGCUUGAGUGCUAACAGGACGAUGGGUUUGUUGUUUGGCAGUGAAAUGUAAUGCCGGCAUAAUUUCUGCUACAUCUAUGACAGGUUUAUGAUCAGCUUUACGGAAUGAAUGACCGAACCACUAUUCCCUUGUUGAUAUUUUUAGCCAGAGGAACAUUUAGUUCAGUAAAACAUGAAUUUGUGAAAUAGAGGACGUUCUGAACACGACAAAAUUGAGCUAACCAAAAACUGUUUUUUUUUUAAGUUUUUCAUUUAAUGUAUAUGCAAGAUAUUUUAAGAUUCACUGAGUUACAAAAAUAGAGGCGAAAAGAAAAUUAAGUCUAGCAAAAAAAUGUUUUUUACCAAAGCUGUCACUUUGAGAUAUAUCAGGGUUACGUUUAUUUUUGUCUCUUCUUCACACAGUGUCAUUGCUGAAAAAAACAUCAAGAAUGAGUAGCGCUUUUCGAUGUUUUUUUCUGCGUAAAGCUUUUUUAGAAAAUGCUGUGCAAUCGUACGAUGCGAUAUAUUCAGACGUUUUAAGACAUUUUAUGUUGCAGCCACCUAGUGGAAAUAGCGUGUAACUACAAAUGUUUUCUAGGACUUCACUGUUCCAAAAAGGUAGCUUUUUGUUAUCGUUCUAGAAUUUUAUAAAAAUUAAAUAGAAAACAUAUUUACACUGGGUCUUUAUUAAGCGUUCCGGUAUUUGCCCUAAGUAUAUUUUGUACCAUUUUCUUCCAUUGAAUGCUGUAAUUAUGUUGCAGUUCUGUCCUGUUUGGUAGGUUGUCAGCUUAUUAGGUGGUCCAAGCAAAGAAACCGUGAUAAGAUAAAGAUCUCCUUAACAGGACGUUCUCGGUUCGAGUCUCAGUUUUGGAAGCUGUGUGUUUGCCUGGAUGAGUGCUUGAACCUGCUUCUGCUGCCCUUACACACCUCAGGUGUAAAACCUGGGGUGUUAAUAUGAGUGAUUAGCUAAUAAUGGCACAGCCUUCGAUGGAUGCAUCCAGUGUACAAUCAGUCUCCUGCCAUGAUAUGUGCCUUUGGGCAGACCAUGUGGAUUUGCAUCUUAGCUGUCCAGGAUGGCUCUCUUUAAAAUCCAGCAUGUUCGGGGGAAACACAUCACCUGUCAGACCCAUGAUUACAGUUUUAAUGUAUCUGAAUGGUGUUGCUCAUGAAAUAUUUUUUAAAAGGUGUGUGUAUGGAAGGAUUUUAUGUCAUGGAUGAAUGAUUGAUUUCAAGUGUGGGGAAAGGCAUUGAUGAAACAAAUCAUUUGUAAGAUGUACUGUAAUACUGUCCUCUUAAGCAUCCAAAAGAUGUCCAUUUCUCUAGGUUCAGGAACAGAGAAGGUGUUGCUGUAUGAAAGGAAGGCCAGAUCAUUGCUAUUCCAUUAGAUUCUGCUCUGAACUCUACAACUCAGAAUUGGUGCCAACUUUGUGCCAGCUGUUGAGAUCUUGAAAGUGCCCUUAGUGAUUGUGAGCCUUCAGUAUGGAGGAAAGUAGUGUCGAAUGUUAGUCUUGUGGAUUAAGAUUAUGAUGCUAUUUUCUAUGCAUAUGUGCACAAAUUAUACAUAAAUAUAUUUAUUCUGCAAAUAAGUUAUUUUAAUUUUGUGUUCUGUACUCUUGUUUUGAAUUGUGCCAGUAUAGCAAACAUUUUGUAACAGUAUUGUGCCUAAGGAGAGCAAAAUAACUGAACAAUCACUUAGUACACAAUGAACUAAGAUUAUGUAAAUCCUGUGCAAAAUAUGGAGUACCUUAAGGGCAAGAAACUGACUUUUCAUGGUCAUUCUGAAGUGAAAUAGCUUUUUUUAUAUUUUAAGAGUUUAUUAGUUCAGAGGAGGCAUUACUUUAUGCUGAACAAAACUGAGUAUAACCUAUUUGACUGUCAUUACUAAACAUGGAUUUGUGAAUUGCGUCGGUAACACUUCAAAAGAGAGAAACUCUGAAGAUUAGAAGUCAUCACUGUUAUAAAUGUCAGCAUGGCACAGUGCACUUUCUACACAGUGCACGUACUGUAAAUGACUUGUGGGCUUGCGGACUCUGUGUUUCGGGUCAGUGGUCUAUCCUCCGCCCAGUUGCAGUUGGGUCCCAGCAGCUGGUCUCCGGAUGAGGACAGACUGAGCUGGUGUGAAGUCCUGUGAGGGCAAGCAGGAGCCCUGCUCGAGUCCGUGACUGCAGCGGUGAGGAGGGGUGGGAUGCCCAUAGUGCUCUGCUGUUUUGCAGUGUCUGGCACUGCUAAAGCUGGAUUGCAUGCUGGGAUGCUCUUCUUCAUGGAGAUGGAGACAAUAUGUGCUUAUUUUGGACUACAGUUGCUUUCACCAUUACAAGGCCAUCAUGGCUUAUGGGGAUGCAGAGAUGAUCUGAGCCCUUCAUCUUGUUUUCGGCUUGUUAUUUACUGGUCUUUGCCCCCUUUCCACACAAUGUUAAGGCGGCUCUGCAUGUUGGCAUGAUUGCCUGCACAUCAGCGCUCUUAUGUCCCAAUAUUAAUCAUGGACUGCUCAUCUGCUGUACUUUAUAAAUGUAAAUUCUAGAAAUAAAGAAAAGUAAUUUCUUAGCUCUGGAAUCUUCUAUUCAAUACCAAGGGUGAUGUCAACCUUGAAUUCUUGCAUUUCAAGAUUAAAACACUGUAUCACUUUA